CGGACAUUGUAAGGUCGACGCAUAAGGAAAUAAAGAUGCCCGAGCCCGCAAAGUCCGCCCCGGCCCCUAAAAAAGGAUCCAAAAAAGCUGUAACCAAGACGCAAAAGAAAGGAGAUAAAAAGCGACGCAAGACGAGGAAAGAGAGUUAUGCCAUUUAUGUGUAUAAAGUUCUAAAGCAAGUCCAUCCUGAUACAGGCAUUUCCUCAAAAGCAAUGGGCAUCAUGAACUCAUUUGUUAACGAUAUCUUCGAGCGCAUCGCUGGCGAAGCCUCGCGCCUUGCCCAUUACAACAAACGGUCUACUAUUACAUCCCGGGAGAUCCAGACCGCUGUUCGCUUGCUGCUACCGGGAGAACUGGCCAAGCAUGCCGUUUCUGAGGGCACUAAAGCCGUGACGAAAUAUACGAGCUCCAAGUGAAUGAAGGAGCACGAGAUUGACUGGCUUCACUCAACUUCAGUGUUCGCAAAGGAGAAUGAUGACAAUCAAUCAACUGUUGACUGAUAUCGUCUAACAGCUCUGCUCUGAACUCUCAGUGCAUUUUUGUGCAUAUACGGCUUGCUUUACGAAAGGAAAACGAAACCAGUGCGAUGUGUUGCAGUUGAGGCUGGCAGUUUAUUUUGAUUGUGAUCCGCUCCUGUUAAUGUCGAAUGUUCUUUAAAAAAAAGGUUUUUAACCAUUUGCAUGUGUGAAAGCCUUUUGUUCUCAUUUUAAACCACAAGUGGGUUUCCAUCAUGUUAAAUAUAUUCCAAUUUUACUGAAUGGCAGCAGAGCUGUUUCAGUAUCGGGGGCGGGGGGGGUGCGCUGUGUAAAUUUCCAGGUGGCAGCUGUUGUAACCUUACUGAUGGCUUGGUGGAAGAUGCGUGGCCACUGUUCUGAUAACAAAUCUCACUCAUGUCUUAAUCAUGAAUGUUUGUGCACAAUGAUAUCGAAUAGAAGAAAUAAACAUAUAGGCUCAUGCCACGUUAUAAUUCCUGUAUCAUGAUUUUUGACCUCGGUUGGCUUUAAACCGGAAUCUUUGCGCCAAUAAAGAUGUAAGCGUG